AUUUAUUUAUUUUUUAAUUUUUUAAUUGAGGGGAGGACCCAUCUAGGCAUGUGAAUGGUUUCGUUUUAAGACAAAAGUUUAAGGAGAUACAUUUUUUUCCCCAAACAGUCGUAUCUUUGUGUUCCAAUUUUCCAGCUGUUAUUAUGCCACCGGCAGCGAGGGGCUCCCAACACCUUCGUCCUCACAAGCUAAUCCCUUACCUCGCCUUCACACUCUUUUUCGCCAUUUUUAUCUUCAAGGUGGAUAUCGUUAUAUUUCAAAAACUCUCUGUUGCUCGACGUAACCCAGAAAGCACAAGGCCAACUAUAUAUGUGGGCAACGGUACAUUUAACCGGCAUUUUGUGACUGCGUGGGGCGCAGAUCGGGCUCAAAUACUUGAGGAUGGCGAGCUUCUUAUUCUGUCAAUGGACAGGCUAUCGGGCUCUGGCAUUGAGUCCAAGAAAGAAUUUAUGUUCGGAAAAAUCGACAUGCAAAUCAAGCUUAUCCCCGGCAACUCUGCCGGCACAGUUACAACUUUUUUCUUGUCAUCAGAAUCCGAAGGUGAUAUGCACGACAAAAUACUUUUCCAGUUUUUGGGGAAUUCGAGUGGAAACCCCUACACACUUCACACGAAUUUGUACGUUCAAGGCAAAGGUGAUAGGGAACAACAGUUUUUGCUAUGGUUUGAUCCGACCGAAGAUUUCCACACCUACUCGAUUCUUUGGAAUCCCAAAUGCAUUAUCUUCUACGUUGAUAACAUCCCAAUAAGGCAAUACAAGAACGAUGAAAAAUCUGGUGUGUCGUACCCGAAAAAUCGAGCCAUGAGAGUAUAUGCAAAUAUAUUCAACGCCGAUGAUUGGGCAACGCAGGGCGGAAGAGUUACAACAGAUUGGUCGUUAGCCCCAUUUAAGGUUUCCUUUCGAGAUUUCGUGGCCGAUGGUUGCAUUUGGUUUUUCAGAAGAAGAAGCAGUUCUUGCACGCCCGCGGAUUUCAGGACAAAACCUGUUCUGACAAUGGAGUUGGAUCAGGUAAGCCAAGAGAAGAUGAAGAGGCUGCAAGAAGAGCGCAUGGCUUACGAUUAUUGUAAGGAUACAUGGAGGUUUCCGGAAGGACCUAGCCCUGAAUAUUUCGAAGUCUCGUGGGGCAAAGAUCAUGCAAAAGUGCUCAAAAACGGCAAGCUACUAACUCUGUCACUCGACCGGACCUUUGGCUCAGGCAUCCAAUCCAAACAUGAGUACUUAUUUGGAAAAUUCAAAAUGCAGCUUAAGCUCGUACCUGGAAACUCGGCUGGCACAGUAAUCGCGUACUAUUUGUCUUCUCAAGGCUCAGGACAUGAUGAGAUAGACUUUGAAUUCUUGGGUAAUUUGAGUGGGGAUCCUUACAUUGUACACACAAAUGUUUACAUACAAGGAGAAGGUGAUAGAGAACAGCAAUUCUAUAUGUGGUUUGAUCCAACUGCAGAUUUCCACACAUAUUCUGUUAUCUGGAACCCACAUAAUAUAAUUUUUUACGUGGAUGGUACCCCCAUCAGAGUAUUCAAGAACCUUGAAUCCCGAGGAAUUCCAUUCCCAACGGGUCAACCAAUGAGAGUGUACUCAAGCCUGUGGAAUGCGGAUGAUUGGGCCACAAGAGGUGGGCUCAUCAAAAUAGACUGGGCUCAAGCACCCUUCACGGCCAGCCUACGCAAUUUUCAGGCCCAUGCUUGUGUUUGGAAAUCUACAAAAUCUUCCUGCGGCCCAUCUGGACCCAGCAAUAACUCUACAAAUCCAUGGUUUUCUCAAGAUCAACUUGAUUCAGCAAGUGAAGCCAGGCUUAAAUGGGUGCAACGAAAUUACAUGGUUUACAAUUAUUGUGCCGAUACAAAGCGUUUUGCCCAAGGCCUUCCUCUUGAAUGUACUGUUGGCAAUACCACUGCCUACAAAUUAAGUGCAAAGAAGUACAAACAAUUGUACAAGAACUCUCAAACCCUUCUAUAUAAGCUACAAAGUAACAGUAACUAUUCGAAACAUGUUGACGUCACUUGGGGUGAGGGCAGGGGCAAAAUCGUCAACAACGGGGAAAUUCUCACUCUCUCCCUAGACAACUAUUCCGGGUCGGGUUUCCAGUCCAAAAACGAAUAUCUAUUUGGGAAGAUCCAAAUGCAACUCAAGCUCGUGCCCGGAAACUCAGCUGGCACCGUCACUGCCCUUUAUUUGUCUUCUGGAAGGUCAUCUGAUCAUGAUGAGAUAGAUUUUGACUUCUCAGUGGACAACAUACCCCUCAGAGAAUUCAAGAAUCUGGAAAAAAUGGGAGUCCCAUUCCCCAAAACCAAGCCCAUGAAAUUGUACUCAAGCAUAUGGAAUGCGGAUGAAUGGGCCACAAGAGGAGGACUUGUCAAGACUGAUUGGGCUCAGGCCCCAUUCAAAGCCUUAUACAGAAAUUUCAAUGCAGAUAAGGCCUGCGCUGUGUCCUAUGGGUCUAAACCAGCCCAUUGCACCACAAUGAGAAGCCCAAUAUGGACGUUGCAGAAUUUGGACCCAAUUGGAAUAAAAAAGCUCAAGUGGGUGCGAGAGAAUUAUAUGGUUUAUAACUACUGCAAUGAUGCCAAACGCUUCCCACAGGGGUUCCCCAAAGAAUGCUAUUAUGUGUGGAUUGAUACUGCUGUGGCUGCUUAUAAUCUGCUCCAACUCUUGAGAGGUUACAUGUUGCCAGGCUUCAGAAAGGAUCUCACAGCAUCUCAUAGAUUUGUGGGUUGGGCUGUUUAUUUAUUGGACCAGGUAGCAACGUACAUUGUUUUUGCCGGCAACACGGCGGCAGUUCAGGCCUCGAUGUUGGCGGUUACCGGCGAAAAAAGUCUCCAAUGGAUGAAGGUUUGCAAUAAGUUUACUAGGUUUUGUACCCAAAUUGGUGGCGCUUUAUUAUGUGGAUAUGUUGCAGCCAUUUUAAUGGUCAUUACAUCUUCCUUAUCUGCCUAUGGUCUAUUUAGACUUUACUCACCUAAGAAAUUCCUUUUGCUCAAAGGGUAAAUAAUGUGUUUGUUCACUUUGUGGGACAAGUUUGUGGUUGUACAAGGUUUUGGCUCAUCUUAUGGGCCACAUUCAAGUUCUCAUUAUCAUGGUACUUCACAUAUGUGCUUAUGUGCAUAUCAACUUUAUUGGCUAGUAAUUGUCUUAGUCCAAACUUAUGGGUUAAUUAAUUUGAUGGUACUAAAGAUUGGUAGGGUAUUUAUUGGAAUUGGUUGUUUGGUAAUCACUUGUACUGUGCUAAUUAAGGUUGGUUAUGCAUCAAAUUAACAUGAUCAUCUACCAAAAAGUUGUUUUUACUUUUUACCAACAAG